GUGAAGCACUCUCUGAUUGCAAGCAAGAAACACCCGACUAGAACAAUCAGGCAUCCUCUAUUUAAGCAGCCAUAUCGUCGCUUUUAAUCUCCCACAUCUCCUCCACAGCAAGCACGUCGUGAAUUUCAGUCGAGUGCGUUCAAUCGACAAUCAAUGGCGAGCCACUACUUGGCGAUCGUCCUCAUCACGUGCGCUCUGUACUCUGUCGGCGGUAUAGAGGCAAGGCAGGGUCCUUUACCUACCCUAACCAGUGUCACAAACGGAGAAGGCCUAGAAGACUUCCCUUCCAGUCCAAUGGAUAUAGAUCCCCCGGGAAGCGUCAAGGACGAGCCUCUACCUGGUAGCAACGUUCUGCUGGAGUCGGGUCCGAUUCCAGUCCACGCUGUCUCCGAGGAGCCGGAGCCUCCACCUAGUAGCGACGUUCUGCCGGAGUUAGGUCCGAUUUUAGUCCACACUGUCUCCGAGGAGCCGGAGCCUCCACCUAGUAGCGACGUUCUGCCGGAGUUGGGUCCGAUUCCAGUCCACGGUGUCUCCGAGGGGCCGGAGCCUCCACCUAAUGGGUCCGCCUACGAGGAGCCUCCGCCCCCCGGGCCCGAUCUAAACUAGACGAUUAUACAGAGGACGCAGAAGAAGGAUAACUAAAUAAAGCCUGGAGGAGGAAUACGUAUAUACACGUCGCAGCGUUUCGCCUUAUUAUUGCUGUGGAUUUCGAAUCAUGCCAUGUACUUCAGUUCGCUCCUGGCAAUAAAAAUAGCUAAAGAUCGAACCUUUUAGUUCGUUUUUCAGAGUCUUUCCUAUGAAACUACAGUUACUGCUACUGUCUGCAUAGGCUUAUGUGGAAAGUAUACUCAUUUAACUU